AUGAAAGCUAUUGAGUUCGCGCAAUUGCAGUUCAUUGCAGAGCAGAACUGUUGGACAAAAUUUAUUAGCAUGCAAAAUUUUUACAAUCUUGUUUACCGUGAAGAGGAGCGUGAAAUGAUUCCCUUCUGUAAAGGUAACGAUUUCGGAAGAGUUGAGAUAAUUCCUUAUUCCCCUAUUGCAAGUGGACUACUUGCACGUCCACUUGGUUCAAAAGACCAUAUUCAAUUUCUAUAA